AUAACUUUCAAACACCAAAUAGCUAUACAAUCGAAUCGUCACCAAAGAAAGAUGCAAGAAAGUCCCGAAAAGAAGAAAGCUAUCUUCUUCCUCAUUCUCCUAAUUUCUUCUGCAACUUUUCUUGGCAACUUUCCAUGGCUGACCCUUCUUCUUCUCCUCUUUCUUGGGGUUUCUCUCUUGUUCUUCUUGAACACCCAGUGGCUUCAGCCGCAGCUGCUGCGAUGGAAGAUUCAGAGACAAGGGAUCAAAGGCCCCAAACCCUCUUUUCUCUAUGGGAAUGCCCCUGAGAUGCAGAGGAUUCAAGCUGCUUCUGCUGCUUCCAUGAAAGCUUCAAGCCAUGGUGAAUUUUUAGCCCAUGAUUACACCUCCACUCUCUUCCCUUACUUCGAACAAUGGCGUAAAGAAUAUGGUUGCAUAUAUACAUAUUCAACAGGGAACAAGCAGCAUUUGUAUGUGAACCAGGCAGAGUUGGUGAAGGAGUUGAACCAGAACAGUAGUUUGGGGUUGGGGAAGCCAACUUAUGUCAGCAAGAGACUUUCCCCUAUGCUUGGGAAUGGGCUUUUGAGGUCAAAUGGCCAUAUAUGGGCACUCCAGAGGAAGAUUAUAGCACCAGAAUUCUUCAUGGGCAAAGUCAAGGAUAAUGUGAACCUGAUGCUGGAAUCAGCAGAGCUGCUGGUGGGAAAAUGGUACGAGGCAAUUGAAACGCAAGGCGGGGAAAUGGCGGAGAUUGACGUGGAUGAAGACCUGAAAAGUUUCUCGGCAGAUGUGAUUUCCAGGGCUUGUUUUGGAAGCUCUUACAAUAAGGGCAAACAGAUCUUCUCGAAGCUUAGAGAUCUUCAAGUCAUCAUUUCAACCCAGAGUUAUCUCUUCGGUUUGUCAUUGCUAGGAUUUCUUCCACAGAGAAAGCACAAGGGGAUUGCCAGUUUGGAGAUGGAAAUAGACACGCUUAUCUGGGAAGAGGUGAAGAAGAGGGAGGCGUCUUCGUCGGAGAAGGACCUGUUGCAGUGCAUACUGGAAGCCGCCAUUAACGAUGAAAACAUGGACGAGAAUACGUCGAGGAAAUUCAUAGUCGAUAACUGCAAGAACCUGUAUUUUGCAGGCCACGAGGCCACCGCUGUGGCUGCAUCCUGGUGCCUUAUGCUCUUAGCUCUCCACCCGGAAUGGCAGACCCGUAUACGCGAGGAGAUGGACCAGCUCUGCCCCAAUGGCCAUCUCGAUGCCGAAUCGAUCACCAAGAUGAAGGUGGUGACGAUGGUGAUUAAUGAAGUCCUGCGUCUUUACCCACCGGCUGCAUUCGUCUCGAGAGAAGCCCUCGAGGAAACACGGAUAGGCCACGUCCUCGUGCCCAAAGGGGUGUGCGUAUGGACAUUGAUCCCGACUCUGCACCGUGACCCCGAGCUAUGGGGGCAGGACGCAAACGAGUUUAAGCCCGAGAGGUUUGCCAACGGCGUCUCCAAUGCCUGCAAAGUGCCACAAGUUUUCAUCCCGUUCGGGGUCGGUCCUCGCCUCUGUGUUGGCCGCAACUUCGCCUUGGUUGAGCUCAAAGUUGUGUUGUCUUUCAUAGUCUCCAAGCUCUCGUUCUCGCUUUCUCCAAAGUACAAACACUCCCCUGCUUUCCAGAUGGUCGUUUCGCCUGGAAAAGGAGUAAGAAUUCUGAUUCAGAGAUUGAAGAAAUAGGAUUAGGUUCUAAUGGCAUCAAACCUCAGAUGUACUCCAAUAAAAAAACACAAAAACUUUUAGGAAAUCCUAUGUACUUGAGGUCUGGGAACCAUAAUUUCUGCAAUUAUCUGAUCUUUAUCUCCAAAAA